AUGCCCACAAACUCCAAGAGCUCGUCAUCAAGCAGGAUGACGAGUGAAUUGAACAAUAUGGGCGUCUUGUCUGCUAGCACUCUCGGCAAAGCCGCCCCCUUCCUCGCGGCCCUGGAACAGCAGCUUUACCAGUCCAUCGUCCCCCGAAGAUCCAGCAAAGGGUCCGCUGUUCCCGUCGACGAGGCGAUUAACAUGUCAAGAAAACAGCAAACGGCCGAUUCCUACAACAAUGACGACGACGAGGGAUCCGAUUUGAGCUACUACUUUCGAGUCCCCUACGAAGCGGACGGCGCCAUUCACCAGAAGGACGAGGCCGAGGAAGGGGAGCUGGAAGAGGAAACAAGUCCUGAGAGCGAGAAGCGACGGAGUGACGCUGCGGAAGCGUUUUGGUUCCUGAGGGACUUCAUCGAGGCAAGAUGGCCGGUCCAGCUGCUCGCAGGAUACAUCAAGAUCCAGUGCGAUCUGACCCUGGACGAGAUCAAGGAACUCGGCCGCCUGAAUAAGGCUGAGGGCUCAAGAAAGUGCCGGAAGCUCAUCAGUGCGCCGGUGAUUCACGACGAAAUCGGGUACGCCCUCUGGUCGGAGCUGGCCCGCGAGAUUGCGGCACGCGGAGACGCGCCGGGCGACGAUUUCCAGGUAAUCAAGGCAGCGCCCGCAAGUGCCGGUCUGACCAAGGCCAUGACUUCGCCGGCUGCGAUGAGCAAAAUCACCGCAGAGGAGGUCGCUUCCCGACGGGCGAGGUCGAUGAGGAGACGAGCCACGGACGGCGAUGCCAUCACCGUCCGGUCCAGACCGGGGACGGCUUCAACGCAUGUGUCUACUACGGCGCGCCGGCGACGCAAGAGCGAUGUGCAGCUAGUCCGACCGCACCAAGUCAUUUGCACCACGUGCGGGAGCAGAGCGGUCCCACGGCCCAAGGACGACGACGAUGACGACUAUGGCGACGACGACAGCACCGUGUCGGACGACGAGUACGAACAUGACCACGAAGAAGACGAGCUCGGGUCCAGGGAAAGGAAGCGGGACAGCAUCUCGAGACGGCUCUCCGUCAAGAUGAACAAGACCCUUACAAAGUUGGGAGAGGGCCUCGCCACCGGGUACGGAGGCAAUGGGGUCAGCCGGGUGACUGGGUGA